GCUGUGUCAGCCUUGAACAGUCAUGUUGCCAUGAACACACCAACAAAACCACUUGCAGUUCACUUUGCUUGAAUCAAAUCAAAUCAAAUCAAAUCAGAGUCGACGCCUUUCAACAUCCUUUGAGAGUUCAUGCGGCCCAGCAGAGCUUAUUAGUUCUGCCCUUCGCGACAAGCAAAAGUCCCACCUGAGAGCAUUACUGCGUCACCCAUUACCCAACAUUGGAAACACUCAAAACUCAACCUACCUACCUAGGUAGACUGCUUUCAGUAACCUACGUUCACCUUGCUCAAUCUCAAUCUCAAUCUCAAGCCACCUAGGGAGUCACUCAAUCAAUCGAAAUCAGCACUACUCCGACUCUUCGCCAUGCCUGAGAUCGCCGAAGUCGCACGAACAGUGCACUACAUCCGCAAACACCUAGUGGGCAAAACCCUCGCCAAAGUCGUAGCAACAGACGACAACAACGUCUACGGCAAAGCCGGCACAUCAGCCGCCGAAUUCGAGAAAGCAAUGACGGGCAAGAAAGUCAUCGACGCCGGCCAACAAGGCAAAUACUUCUGGAUGAUCAUGUCGAGCCCACCGCACCCGGUCAUGCAUUUCGGCAUGUCGGGCUGGUUACACUUUAAAUCCGAACACACGUACUACUAUCAACCCAAAAAGGCAGACAAAACCACCAAACCCAACGAAGCCGGCGAAGCUGGCGAAGCCAAGUCAACCGAACAAACCCCAUGGCCGCCCAAAGUCAUGAAAUUCCUCCUCACUACCAAGCCCGACGACGACAAUUCCUCCGACGUCGUCGAAGCAGCCUUCGUCGACAUGCGCCGCUUCGCCCGCAUCCGCCUCGUCAACUGCCCAGCUUCCGAAAUCAGAAACGUAUCGCCCCUAAAAGAAAACGGACCCGACCCCGUCAUCGACAAGGACAUCGUGACAGUCGACUGGCUACGCCAAAAAUGCAAGUCUAAAAAAGUCCCCAUCAAAGCCAUGCUGCUCGAUCAGGCCGUCAUCAGCGGAAUCGGCAACUGGGUCGGCGACGAGAUCAUGUACCAUGCCAAAAUGCAUCCGGAGCAGUACGCCAACACGCUGACCGAUGACCAAAUUGUCCAGUUGCACAAAUCCAUCCAUUAUAUUUGUGGGACGGCCGUCGAGUUGUUGGCCGAUUCGGAAAAGUUUCCGGACGACUGGUUGUUCAGGCAUCGGUGGGGGAAGGGAAAGAAGAAUAGUUCGAACGCAAUGCCGAAUGGUGAAAAGAUUGCCUUUUUGACGGUCGGUGGACGGACUAGUGCUGUUGUUCCUUCGGUCCAGAAGAAGACGGGCCCCGUGGCGAAGGAGAUGAGUGAGGCUCAGGUGCUUGAUGGCGAUGAUGACCACAGCGACAAAAAGCCCAAAGGGAACAAGCGUAAGGCUGCUGCUGUCAAGGAGGAGGAGGAAUCAGAAUCAGCACAGAGUGAGGAAGAAGUCUUACCCAAGAAGACGGCAAGGGGUAGAAAGUCGCAACCGAAAGACGAGCCAAAGCAACACAUCAAGCCUGAUUUGAAUGGUGACACGAACAAACCUGGGAAAGGCAAGGCUGGCAAAAGAGUCAAGAAGGAACAAGAGACAGCCCCCCAAUCAGAGAAAAGGUCCAGUGGUGAUCGUGGGAAGGCCGUGGCCCCAGUGGCUGCGGCAAAUGAAACUGGUAGACGACGGUCAGGUCGUCUGGCAAAGCCUUGAUUGUACUAGUAUCACACAUGCGGUUGGCUAAUUCGUCGUUGAAAAUGAUACCAUACAAAGUUGUAUUACCAGUAAGUGUUACGGUCCUAGCUACCUUCUAGUAUGUUUAGUACAAACUAGGCAACUGUGUCUGGUGAAAAGAACUUUCAGCUGUCGACAUUUGUACUGUCUAUGAGCAUCUAAAUUCAGAACAUAACGCCAACUAGACCCCAAUCCAAUGCAUACCAUCAUUUGCCAAAUGGAACAGACAGCGGCUCGACCGGCGUGACCCUCAAGACCCCUGACUCGGCAGACUGUUUGGUCUGCUCGGCGGUCAGAAGUCCACUGUCGGCCGGGGAGCCUCCGAUGACAUGCUUCUCUUCAUCGACCAAGAAGAAGCACGCCGCAGUCAACCACCAAGCCUUGGAGAUCCGGA